GUGUCCAGUCAGGUGUGUGUGCACUUGCUUUUAUUUUGAAGUAAACAAACACAGUAAACAAAUGUCGUGACAUCUUCUUGCCACCUGUGUGCUCUUUGCUGCCGGUCUGGUCUGGUCUGGAGAUCAGGUUCCUGCAGCAACUGGGCCAAAGAGAAAUGGAAAGGUGACAGUGAUCAGGAUGACCGCUCCUCCAAAUUUUCUGCCAGCACCAAUGCAAAAGACGACGGUGGUCAAGGUUGUUGGUGUUGCCCCCAAACCAGCUGUGACCCAGACUCUGGUGUCUGCUCAGGAGACUCAGGCUCCAGUCUCAGAAACCAAAAAGGAGCCUGCAGCCACCUUUACACCGGAAACUUUGGAAAGUGUCAAGAAAUGCAAGAACUUCCUGGUUACUCUGAUCAAACUGGCCUCCAGUGACCCCAGGUCCGCCAACAUGGCCAACAAUGUGAGGGGGCUGGUCAGAAGUCUGCUGGAAGGAAAGCUUGAGGCCGAGGAGUUCACAGAACAGCUCUACCAGGAGCUGAAGUCCACUCCGCAGCCGUGCUUGGUUCCUUUCCUCAAGAAAAGUCUUCCUGCCGUGCGUCGUCUGACAGCAGACCCUCAGCUGUUCAUCCAGCAGGCUUCAACCUCCACCUGGAGCUCCAGCUCCCAGGCAACCAGCAACGAAACAGUGCCAGACCCAAAGAGACCGGUUGUCCAACCAGCUGCCAAAGUGGUUCUGAAACCAGGGGUGACCUCAAUAAUCAACUCCAGAAACAGCGUCAAACCCACAGUGAUUCAGCCCAAACACUUGACAGGAGUUUUUUCCGUGAAGCAGUCUUUCACUCGGGACGUGACAUGUUCUUCCAGAUCUGCAGUCAAGUCCUCUUCAGGCUCCUACAAAGAAGAUGACGACAUUAAUGAUGUGGCCUUCAUGGCUGGAGUCAACCUGAGGGAGGAGAACGCUCAGUUCCUCACCACCACGGUUGGCUCUGUGCUCCAGUCCUGCCAGGAUCAGCCUUUCCUCUCCACUAACACUGUCCUCAGUCGGAUCCUUCGCACAGGGCGCCCCCUGGGGGUGACGGACAUCAGCGCAGAGGUGGUCACUCUGGUUUCUCAUGCCACUCAAGAGUAUCUGCGUGGACUUCUGGAGAAGGUCACUGUGAUCGCAGAGCAUCGUAAAACAGUCACGAAGGAGGAUCAGUCGUACUCCAAAGUGAGCGAUGUUCGCUCUCAACUCCGUUUUCUGGAGGAAGUGGAGGCGUUAAACAAGAAGAAGAGCGACGAAGCAGAGAGAGAGAAACUGCUGCGUUUGGCCAGAAGUCGCUCACAUCCAGAGGAUCCACAGUUUCAGCUUCUAAAACAAAAAGCCAAAGAGCUACAACAAAUAGAAGAGGCUCAGCUGCAGCAAAGAGAAGCCAACAUCACGGCUCUGGCUGCCAUUGGGCCUCGGAGGAAGAGACCAGUGGAGCAGAGUGAAGGCCAGGUGUGUGUGCUGCCCAGACAGGAUGUUUCCAGGGUGACCCGGGUGGUGCUGAGGGACCUGUUGGUCUGCAUGGAGCAGGAGAACUUCCUCCGUCACUCUCUGACUCUGUACAAAGCCAUGCUUUAAGUUUAACUUAAAAUAAUUUGUUUUCCCUAAAAUUUGAGGACUUUAUUUUUGGCACUUCACUUUUGCCACCUCCUGCGUUUGAUGAGCUGUCUUUAUUUAUGUUGUUGUGACAAAGUUUGUAAUCAGCUGGUCACUGAAAAAAGUAUUUACAUGUCAAGUUUCAGUUUGUGUUUUUGAAGAAGUGAUGAACUUUUGGUUGAGUUUUUUUCACCAUAAUAUUUUGGGUUUUGUCUUGCAUUAAAACAAAACUGUCGAAUCAUCACA